AUGCAGGUGGUAGAGAUUCGGGAGACGGAGGCACCAGCGUCGGAGGCCCAGGCAGAAGAGACUUUGGCGGCGGAGGAACCAGCAGCAGCAUUAGAGGCGCAGGUGGAAGAGGCUGAGGCGGCGAAGGCACCUGCACCAGUGGCAGAGGCCCAGGCAUUAGAGAUUUUGGCGGCGGAGGCACCAGCGACAGUGGCAGAGGCGCAGGCAGUAGAGGCUGAGGCGGUGGAGGCACCAGCGGCAGCGGUAGAGGCCCAGGCGAUAGAGGCUCAGGCGGAGGAGGCACCAGUGCCAGAGGUGCAGGUUGUAGAGAUUCAGAUGGCAGAGGCAGCAGCAGCAGUGUCAGAGGCCCAGGCGGUAAAGGAUCUGGCGGAGGAGGGGCCAGCGGCAGCGGCAAAGGCCCAGACGGUAGAGGCUCAGGCAUUGGAGGCACAAGCGGAAGCGGCAGCAGCAGGAACCAGCGGCAGAAGGGCAGGUGAUAGAGAUUCAGGCUACGGAGGCACCAGCAGCAGCGGCAGACCCCAGGCAGUAUAG